CAAAAAGCAUUUCGAAACAGCAACACGGACACGGGAGUCGAUGGUUGUUGCACUUGUAGUGCGGGAUACCCGAGAGUUUCAACUCCUCGGCAUUUCUCUACAUUCAACUUUGAGUUUAGUUGUAUGAAAAUUGCCGCGGAUUGCGGUUCGGAACGCACGUUCGUCGGUUCAGGAGUGCUCUUUAACCAAAACCAUGGAUUUUUCAAGGAAACCCUGAAAGGAGGAACAAAGUGUGAAAGUUUUUAUUUUUUUAAUUUCUUAUUUUUUCACAUUUAAGUUUUCACAAAAAAAAAAUCUCAAAGCAACAGUUUUUUUUUUGGUUUUCCACGUGAAAAAUGCAGAUUACAAGAAGAAAAUCCAAUUCGUGUUCAUUAAUUCGCUGUUCCAACACAUAACUUUUCCUUUACCACGCAUAGUUUGUGAUUGAAAAUUUUGAAAACUUACAAAGUGAAUGAAAUUUCGUUGCAAUACCAAUGGAUUUUUUUUUUAAAUAAGUUUUCCGAAGAAAAAUCUGACUUUGUGAAUUUUCUACCCUCCAAAGUUCUAAGAGCUGAGUGAGAAAAAAAUUGAAAAGUCGUCACAGAGUUCUAAUAAAACAUUCUACGUGGUCAGCAAACACUGACGUCAUCAGUUCUUAAAAUUUUUGUGUGUUUUCAUGACUUUUGCUAAUUUGUUGGUGAGAUAAAAAAAAAGCUCUGGAAGAGGUGUUGCCGAUCGGAAGUCAGUGCACUAAGAAAAAAAACUUUAAUUUUUAACACUCUGAAAAAAAAUGUGGAAGCAAUUCAAGAGAAGAUGAUUCAUGAGGAUUUUCAUCAUCACCCAACUUUGGAUCCACUUGGAUUAUUCCGAAGUUUCUAAUGUGUUAUUUCUCAAGGAAAAUUUUAUCACUCUUGGGAACAUUUCAAGGAGAUUCUGUUGAAACUGUGCAACAACACAAAAAGGUGGUUUAUUGCUUAACUUUCGUGAAGCCCACAAUAAACUUGAUUUUUUAUACUUUUCAUUUUUCCAAAACAAAGUAUAUUGGAAGGACAAUUAAUUCUCACGUUUGAAGAAAAAAAGCAAAUCCUCGUGAAGAAGAAAAACAAAAUAAUUUUGUAUUAGUUGACUGACAAGGAAUUUUGUGACAAAAAUAGUGCCUUCGAGACAGUUUGAAAAACGUGAAAAUUGUCCAUUCUGUGAAACUCGGGAAAGUUUGUGCUGUGUGCAAAAAAAAACAGGAAAUUCGUGCGCCAAAGGGUUAACUUUCUGCUAAUUCAGCGCUCUUCGUGAUUCAGGCGAAACGGACUUUCCAGCCCUGCAAAUCACACAGUAGAUUGACGGAAAAGGACAAAUCUUCCGAGAGAGAGAGAGAGAAAGAAGUGAUCAUCUCACCAAGAAAAAAGAAUUUCUUUAUUUCUGAGAAGCAAUUAGAAUCGUGAUUCACAACGUGCUUUCGCAAAAAUCUUCCCAAUUCUUCCAUUUUGAACAUUUUGGAAGGUGCAAAUUGGACGUGUGUGUAGAGAGUGUUGAAUAAAAAAAAAACAGGAGAAGAGCAUUGCUCACAAAAAACUGCGUAGAAAUAUACAAGAAAGGCGUUAACAGACGCGUCUUUAUUACCUUCCCAACUAAAAUAAAAAUUUAUAUAUAGAGAGAAAAGAGAUAUUUUCAUAAAAUAUAAUAAAAAAUAAAAAAACAUAUAGCAAAAAUGACGUCCCAAAGAUUUUGUCUUCGAUGGAACAAUCAUCAAACAAACCUACUAUCAGUCUUCGAUCAACUGCUACACGCAGAAACAUUCACGGAUGUCACGUUAGCCGUUGAAGGACAAUACCUCAAAGCUCACAAGAUGGUGCUAUCGGCAUGCAGUCCAUACUUCCAGGCACUUUUUGUCAACCAUCCUGAAAAACAUCCCAUCGUCAUACUGAAAGACGUACCCUUUGCCGAUAUGAAGAGCUUGUUGGAUUUUAUGUAUCGCGGUGAGGUUUCGGUGGAUCAAGAGCGACUUACGGCAUUUCUCAGGGUAGCCGAAAGUUUACGGAUAAAGGGUCUAACGGAAGUGAAUGAUGAGAGACCCAUGGGACCUGCUCAUACACCACCCCCGCCGCAAUUGCAUAGAAUUCAUCCAUAUCUAGCGCAACGGAAGCAACAGGGUAUGCUCCUCAGCAAUCCCCUCCUUGGCAGUGCACUAACAAUGCCAAAGAGGAAACGGGGGCGACCGCGGAAGCUAUCGGGAAGUUCAAAUGGAGCAGGAAAUGACUACGAUGACUAUGAAUCCCGCGAUAAUCUUAUUCAAGGCUCACCUGAACUGCUGGAAGUAAAGAUGGGUGCAGAUAUGUAUUCAAAUUCAGGCAAUGAGGGAUCUGAUGACAACCGAAACAGAGAUGACGUCGAUCAGGAUUCAAAUCAAGAAGCAAUGGACACAUCAGAGUCGCAACAGAGCAAAUCAGCGUCACAUCCCGCCGCGUCAACGUCAAAAGAACCCAGUCCGCGAAAAGACCAAGACAACAGUACCUCAGAUGACGGCCGAGAAUCAGCAACGGGUUUUGGGAUACUGAAGCAAGAGCCGAAAGAUUCAAAAUCAAUACCGAAUAUCAAAAUCCGCGUGAAUCCCAUAACACAGACAACGGCACUGAGUUUACCGAAUGCUCUACACCAGUUGCAGCAUGAUUCCUUAAAUAACAACUCCCCCACAAUGGAGGGUUCCGCAUCGCCACAAUCUCACUCAGCACCCGCCACAUUGGCAAUGACACCACCCGCCGAAACACCCGCCACAAGUAGUUCAAUUGCAUCGGGUACAACCACCACGGCAUCCAUUGCAAAUCCAUCGAGUACCCCAACAUCGGGUUCAACGAGGCAACCCGUUCGACGGCGGAUACGGCGGAAAGCCAAUUCGGCUGUGGACGAUCCGGCGGAACAGCUCACGGAGAUGAGUGUCCGCGGUUUGAAUCUUUUUCGCUACGCCAGCAUCAAUGAGGGUGUGUACCAGUGUACCGAAUGUGCCAAGGACAAUAUCCAGAAGACGUUCAAGAACAAAUACAGCUUCCAGCGGCAUGCCUUCCUAUAUCACGAGGGCACGCAGCGCAAGGUCUUCCCGUGCCCGGUGUGCGGGAAGGAAUUCUCGAGGCCGGACAAAAUGAAAAAUCACAUGAAAACCACGCACGAGUGCUACAUGCCCAAGGACUGUGUCUACCCGCUCAAUUUCCUCGUAGGUGCUGGAAUUGAGAAUGCCUCAAUUCCCAAGAUUGAAAAAAUUGAGACUGCAAUGCCGACAACUCAGUAAAAUAGCGUGCGUGCUUGUGUGUGCGUGAGUGAGCAAAUAAGGAAAAAAAAACAUUCGAUCGCCUUUUUUUUUCAUUUAAAAAGGAAGAAAUUUUCAAAGUACCCCCCCAGUGAUCUUCUGUGAUCCAUCAAAAUUAUCUCUGCAAAAUGGAGGAAUCCCAAAAGCGAGUGCCCUAAAAGUGAACCAGAGAAUAUCCUCCACAAAAAACAAACCAACAGUGAAUUAUUUUUUUUAAAUAAAAAAGGAAUCUCUCGCUUGUCCUUUCUUCCCUCAAGCACAAUUUUUUUAAGAAGAAAAAAAACACCAAUCAGGGUAUUUUUAAAUAUAGAAAAAUUAAAGAAGAUUUAUUGGAGAUCCUGCACAACGAGAGACUUCAAGGAAAUAGUCUGUCUGGUGCUAAAGAGUGCCUUAAGAAAAUGAACAAUAUCUGACUGAUUCACUUUUAUUCUUUUCUUUUUUAAACAUUUUUUAAAGUUUUUUUUCCAAAUUCAAGACCUGACUUUUUUAUUACAAAAAAAAUGAAUCAACUCCAAUAAAAAUGAAAUAAGUUUUAGUAAUUUAUUAUAAUAUGAUAAAGCUUCAAAUUUAAUGAAAAGAAGCACAAAAAUUGCAGAAAAUAAUUCUAUUUCUAUUUUUUUUAUUAUUUCUAUCGCUUUUUGCGACUAAACCAAUUCGCUCAAAUUUACGAAUUUCUCUAUUUUAUCCCUUUCUUCAUCCUCCGGACAGAAAACUAAAAAAAAAAAACGACGUAAUGUGUAAAUUAAAAAAUGAAAAUAAAAAAAACGCAUAAAAAGAGAGUACAAAUUAGAAUAAAUUACCCAAUUUUUUUGAAGAAUAAAAAAACAAAAAAGAAAUUAAGAAGACAAAAUGCCAUGGAGAGGAGUAGAAGAAAAAGAAAGAAAAAAUUCUUAGUCUCAAUUUUGUUGAAAUUUAAAAAAAUAAAUCUGUCUUCAAUUUAUUUAAUUUAAAAGAUUUUAAAAUGAAAAAAUAUCUUUUAACGGGAGAGGUUUUUGUAGCACUAAACAACCCAAGAAAAUGCCUUACAUGAAACUUUUUGCCUUCAUCUCCACAUUUUUUUUAAACUACUAAAUAACAUUUUUUUGGAAGCGGAAUACAUUAAGGUGAAUUUUUUUUUAUAAGAAAUUGAAAAGCUAAGCUUUGCUAACUUCUUUUGCAAAAAAAACUUUGAAUUCACAAUAGAAAAUCGAAAAAAUAAAUUUCGAUUUUAUUUAUUUACAAUUUUGUGAUAAUUUUUUUUGAAUACAUAAUAUUAAUUUUUCUUUCUUUUGUAUAUAAAAAAAAUCGAGAACAAAAUGUUCUUUCUAGAGGAAAAUGUGUGAAAAUAUUGCAAUUUGCACAAGAAAAGUAUAUAAAGAAAAUUGCGAAAGAACUUUAUAAUAGAAUUUGAGAAAAAAAAUGGAAAAAAACGUAACAGAAGCAACAAAAUAACAAAAUAUUGUAAGGAAAGAAAAACUACUUUAGCAAAUAAAAUUUUUUUGUAUAGCAUAAUUACCUUUUUCUCAAUAUUUUUUGUAUAUUUUUUUCUAAUUUCGAGUGGUUAAUCUAUUUAACAAUUUUUGAGCAGAUGGUUACACACAAAUACACCGUAAAAAAUAUUUCAAUUAAAAAAUUGGUCAGUUUAACUAUUCUUUUUGCUGCAUCGAGCAGAUCUUUUAAAUUAAAAGAUUUGUGCCAUUGGAUGUGUAUAUAAAUACGAGAUAGCAUGAGAAAAAUACUUUUCUCUCACUCUGGCAUUUUGAGUAGGUGUGAUAGUGUGCGUGACGUUUGUUUGUAGUUGUGGGGAAAAAUUUUUAAAAAUUAAUUUUUCCGGGAAAAACUCAUUUUUGGGGCGCCAAAAGUUGGCGGGUGGCUCAGGGGGGCUCAAAGUACGUUCAGUAAAAAUUUGGUGGCGCAACUCGCCGGAUUUUUUUGGGGAAUUUGCACGACUUUUUCUGGCGCGGAUUUUGAGAGUUUUGAUCCAGGGGUACCAAACGACGCGGCGUCGCUUCCUGGUCACAAAAAACGCACUUUCGCUGGGAAAUUCGGCGGAAAACGCGAGAAAACUGCGAAAAACUGAAUGUGGGAGGGAGACAGUAUCAGUGACGUGCACUAUCUCGUUUUCUCUUAUACAAAAUGUACCAAAAAAUAGUAGUGGUGGCUUUUGGAACUAAAUUUUUACCGCGCCAAUUUCAAAAAGUAGUCAAAAAAGCAUGAAUUUUAUAUGGGGGCCACAUGAAGGGAGGCUCUGGGGGGGGAAAUGAAUGUCGUUGGUAAAAUCCGCCUGGUAUCAGGAGUCUCUGUACCAAAUUUCAUCGCGAUCGGACCAACGGUGUAGAUUUGUAUAGCUGUACAGACAUGAAAUUUUUUAAUUAUUAUAUAGAUUUGAGGGAGGGAAGCAAACCAUGAAGGUAGAACUUCAGUAAAUAGUAAUUUAUAGAGAAAAGAAGAAAACAAACUUAAAAGCAAUAUAUAAUUCUAGUAAUAAUGUUUUUAUUUUGGAAAUAUUAUAAAUAUUAUUUUAUUUUCUAUUUUCUACCUAUGAUUUAUAUUUUCAAAAUGGAGAGUAUAUCUAGAAUAUAUAGAUUAAAGAAAAAAAAAGGAAUUAAAUUUCACGUGCUGUAAAAAACCGAUUUUCUUUUUUUUAUUUUUGAUGAAUUUCUCAAGUCUAUAUUUUUUUUCAACACUAAGGACAGUGCAAUGAUUUUUUUAAUUAGAGAGAGAGAGUGCGUGGACCCGGAAGAAAGUGGAAAAGUCAAUUAAACGGGUUAAUGGUUUUUAAAAAAAAUCCUCAAAGAGGAAUUUUUAGAUUUUCAAAAAUAUUUAACGAAAAAUCAACCCGUUUUUCUCAACAUUUCCAUUUUUGAUGAUUUCGUGAAAAGUCAAAAUCACUUUCAGGAUCCUUAUCCAGUGAAAAGCUAUAUAGUCUAACAUCUCUUGUAUUUUUUCGCACACAUUAAUAUUUUGAAUUUUCUAAAAAAAAAAAGUGGAGAAUAUUGUAUAAAAAAAUUUAUUAAAAUGAUAUAAAAAAAACUUCGCAGUGAAGUAAAAUUAAAACAAUUUUGUGUUUUGUGUGCGUGUGAGUUUAAUUAUUUAAAUUAAUAUUAUUAAAAAAAAAACAAAACAGAUUGAAUCUUUAUAUUACCUAUAUAUUUGUAUUUACAACAUCCUCAAGUCAGAUAAAGAAUAUUUGUAUAAAAAAUAAACCCGAGAUUUUUAUUCAAUCACACUGAAUGUUGUGAGUCGGAGAAAACAAACCCAUAUUGUAUAGAAAAUGAAAAGAAAAAAAGUAUUUUCCUUUUUUUUUAUUAUCAAAUUCAACGCCCAUUCGUGGAAAAUGUUUUAAAAAAAAAAAUACUGAAAACUUGCAAAUAACACUGGGAAGUAAUUUAAACAAAAAAACAUGGUGUGAAAGGAAAUACAGAGACAAAAAUGAAUGAUUUUUUUUAUUGUAAUAAAUUUCAUAUUAAAUUGAA